AUGGAUCCCUUCACACGACUACCCCCCGAGCUCAUUACACAGAUCAUUGUCUAUAUCGCCGAUUUUUCUGCGGUGGAAAGCUUCGUUUCUGCAUCCCCUCAAGCUCACGCUAUCUUCCAAGCUCAGCCUAGUAUUGUACGGGACCUGAUACAGUCGGAUCCAAUUACAGCCCUCCCAGAAAUACAAAAGCUAUGCUACAAUAUCGGCCUGAUCCAGAAUGACCUGGCUCAGUGUCCCAGCCUUGCUCACUACCAACAGGAAAGCGGGCGUAUUCCAGACUUUGGGUAUACAGAAGCGCUCUGUAUGCUCCAGCUGGCUGCACGAACGCAGCGUCUAGCUUGUAUCUGCAUGACUCUUAUCCAAAAUAAUCUUAUCUCGGCUGUUUGCGGCAUCCCUGCCGGCUCACUAAGCGGCCCUGAUCGAGUACGAAAGGCCAGAGAUCCUUUCUCAUGGAUAGAGGAGUACCGUGUGUACUGCUCCCUAUGGCAUCUCCAGCACUAUUCCUACCUCCGCAAGGCAGCAACAGAGCGUUGGUGCUGGGACGAAGCAUCAAUGAGGGAUCUAGAUACAUACAAUGUCUGGAACGGGAUAGUCGAUCGUCGGGAAAUCGAAAAAUUCUGGACCGUCGCCGCUCUUCUUUCAGACCUGGGUCUGAAUCCAACAUACGGACAUUAUCCCUUUCAGCGCGAGAAGAAAUUACUGGCACAGGACCCAGAGGGCGAGGAAUCCUCACGCGCAGCCUGGACAUUUUCCCAGACAACACCGCCGCCUUUCUUUUUAUCAUUUGAUCUGCCUCCAUCACAAUAUCUCAGCAAUGGCAAUGAUAAUCGUCCGCCUUUCUGGAACCCACCGCCGCCUCCGCCAAAAGCUGGCGCCACAGAUGCCUGGCAUCUCACGCCGCAGUAUCGAUCAUGGCACCCACUCCAGGUGUCACUGUUCCAACAAGCAAGUACCGCUGUCAGUAUCGGGAGAAAGCCAUCAUCGCACAGCCUGGUAAACCUAAAACCCUGGCGGCGCCUUGGGAUGAUCAUAUGGGACGAGUGGCGCAUGUACUCUCUCGGGCUGUACGAGCUUCCCCGGAUGGAAGCAGUGCCGACUCCUGAUGGUGGGUUGCUCGACGCACCGCAAACCAAUUUAAGAGGGCUACAGAUAUCGUCAGUCGAUUAUGUUUCUAGAUGGCUGGCGCUGAUUGGGGAAUAG